AGAAGUUGGAAGAAGGCCUUCCUACAAAACGCAGAAAAUCGAGGAAGCAUAGGUUACCAAAGAGAUAUAAGAUAUCUGAGUCUCUGCAGAUGAAGCGAGCUCGUGAGGGUGAUUAUGAGAGUUCUAUGGAUAAAGAAGAUGAUUGCAUGACUGUUGCUCAAUUGAUCAGAUCUAGGAAGAAGUUUAGUGAUGUAGAGAAAACUGGAGGUGAUGCUUCUGAAUCACUUGGAAAAAGAAGUAGAAGAUAUAUGCUGGUGGAUAGCGAUGAUGAUUCAGGGCCUUGUCAAAAGCAUGCUUCGAUGGAAGUAGAGCAAAGGAGUGUAGAGGAUGGUGGAACUGCCAAAAAAACAGAGAUUACAAGGCAAACAUGUGAUGCUGUAAACGGAAGUAAUGCAGAAAACAAGACUAUGAUCGAUGAUGCAACCAAGGAAGAAGAGUCUUGGCUACAUGAAGAUAAAGAAAUGAAGAAGAGAUGUAUUGGAAAGUUUUCCAGUGAAGUUAAAAAAGAAGAAGAUGUUGAUGAAAGAUUGAGGCAGAGAAAGCUUGCAAUAGAGGAGAUAGCAUUGGAGCUGGAGGCACGUCUUAGCAAGGUAUUGCCUUUGAGUCAAGUGGUUCAGAAGUUGGAAGAAGGCUUUCCUGCAAAAUGCAGAAGAUCUAGGAUGCCUAGGUUACCAAAGAUAUAUAAGAUAAGUGAGUCUGUGCACAUGACGGGAGCUCGUGAGGAUGAUAAUGAGAGUUCUAUGGAUGAAGAAGAUGAUUACAUGACCGUUCUUCAAUUGAUCAGAUCUAGGAAGAAGUUUAGUGAUGUAGAGAAAACUGGAGGUGAUGCUUCUGAAUCACUUAGAAAAAGAACUAGAAGAUAUAUGGUCGUGGAUAGCGAUGAUGAUUCAGGGCCUUGUCAAAAGCAUGCUUGGAUGGAAGUAGAGCAAAGGAGUGUAGAGGAUGAUGGAACUUCAAAAAAAACAAAGAUUACAAGGCAAACAUGUGAUGAUAUAAAUGGAAGUAAUGCAGAGAGAAAGGCAAUGAUCGAUGAUGCAAUCAAGGAAGCAGAGUCGUGGCUCCAUGAAGAUAGAGAGAUGAAGAAGAAAUGCAUUGAUAAGUUUUGCAGCAAAGCUAAAAAGGAAGAAGAUGUUGAUAAAAGAUUGAGGCAGACAAAACUUGCAAUAGAGAAGAUAGCAUUGGAGCUGGAGACACGUAUUAUCAAGAUGGAGACGAGUUUGGCAGAGAGUAGAAAAUGGAAAUCCAGAGGAAACCAGACCAAAAAUGGGUUUCUGCUGAGUUAGUUUAGUUAUGCCAAUUGAUCUGAAACUUUUCAAGAAGAUCUCAAUGGAAACUAAACAAUAGUGUCACUC